GAAAUGCAGCCCAUUAGGGCAGCCUUCUUGGCUUCCAACCUGUAUAUAUAGACAUGAACUCUGUCAAGGCAUCACCAUUGCUAGUCCAUCCUUGGGAUUCCUUGCAGUGGCACCAACAAAUUUUCUAAGAGCCAUGAAGUUUGUCUGUCUUUUCUUUGCAUUGGUCUUCCUUUGCAGUGCCCAGGCUGAUGAAGCAGAUCUGGCCAAAAUGGAGAAGCAAGAGGGAGAGAACCUGAAAGACUUCCUCCAGGAGGAAGACCCUGCUGGUGACGAUCAAGGUUUGCAGGAUGAAGGUAAUUGUUAUGUACAUGGAAGAUGAUCUCCUACACCUUCCAUGGUGGACAGGUUCUGGAUUUCACUGGGGUGCAGGGAUUCACUUUUCCACUGAAAUCUCUUAAAAUGCUUCUCUUUGGCUGGAACAUGCCCUGAUUAUGGUUAUGCAUGCUCUUGUCAGCAUCACCAUUCCUGAUAGAGAUAUGCUGGCUCCGUGGUGGACAAUUGUCUCUACAUACUCUUAGAUAGUCUUUGCAUUGCGUCAAGUCACCGAUAUUCUAGAUGAAUGGUUGAGUGAGAAAUGUACUUCAUAGUAGCCAAGAAGUUGCAGAACCUCAAGCGUGAGAAUUUCUAGGAUGACAUGUUGGGGUUGGUAAUGCCCACACUGUAGGUUUUCCACUAGACAUCAGAGGCAUGUAUUAGGGUAAAGUGUGCCUUUAUGUGGAUGAGGAUUUGGAGAAUGAGGAUUAUGAGCAUGAUCAUAUUGUUGUUGUUGUUAAUCACAUAAAUGCAGUUUGUUGUGUAAAAUCAUUUACAGCAGUGUUUACAUUAGGCAAAACUGCAUGCAAAAUCCCAAAACCUAUUUAAUCAUAACCCACGGUGACUUACAAAAAUACAGAAAUAUUUAAGACUAAUAUAAAAUAUAUGCAUCAUACAGAGUCUAUAACCAGAGAGCCGACAACAGUGAAGCCAUAUAAUAAUGAAAGCAGUAAAUCCAUAAAAGGUAACAGACAAUUAGCAAUAAAUCAGUAAAGGUGGAGAAGCAUUAAAACAGCUCAUCACGUGCUAUCAGAUGUCUGAGAACAAAGGAAAGUUGCAAACAGAUACAAAAACGAGUAACUAGGAGUAAAACGCUGAGGAUUCUUCAGAAGGAAUAUCCCCCUCCUCCUCUCUCUGUUGAGUUCUGCAGGGAUUGCAGGAGGAUAAAGCCGACAGGUAGUUAUGAGUGAGAGGGCAGGUAGGUGGGGGCUGCCUGGAGGAAACCUCAUGUUGGUAGGGGAGUGCCCCAUUCACCCCAAUGGACCAGCCAUCACUGAACUGCUCUCAUCAUCAAGAUGCUCCUCCUACUGUUCAGCUGAAAUCGGCCCUGAUCUUAAGCCCAUGGGGUGUUUGGUCAUUUCUGUGUCUCACAGCCCUUCAAGUAUUUUGAAGAAUGUUUCCCUCCUCUUUUAUAUGCAGACUCUGGGCCAAAGGCUUCUACACGACUUGCGGUCGUCGGCUGCUUUGGCAACAAAGGAUAUUGCCUGCCACGGGGCUACCGGUGCCACAAUGGCUUGAAGUGGGAGGAGAAAUAUAACAACUGUCCAUUCCGCAAUGUUCUGCUGUGCUGUGUACGCUGAGGCAAGAGAUGGUGACGUUCCAAGAAACUCCUUAGCAGAAGUUUUUACAACCACAAGGAAGAAUGAGCCAGUCUGCUCUUUUCAAAUAAAUCAUUGGUUAAUUGAUUCCACUCCUUUCAGAAAACCAUUGGAUAAUUUG